GGGUCAGCUUCUCAAAUAUGGUGAAGCGAUCAAAAUACGGCAAAGGAAAAGUAAAGACGGUUCUUUCUUGCUGGUGCGUGCGUUACUAUUUUCGUGAAAUGUCUCAUCCAAAACCCCAUCAGGAUCUUUUUCAUCCUUUUCCCAUUAUUAGAAAGUGGGUAUUGAAACCCUCAUUUCCCCUUUGUUCUCUCUACUCACACGCCAUUUUCCUAACUCUCAAGCUUUCUUCUGCAACAAUGGAGGAUGGUUCAGCUUCACGGGUCGGCCCACGAUUCUUCAAAAUACUCCUGCAGGAAGACAUAGAUCAAGACCAGCACAUGCUGAUUCCCAUGAAAUUCAGCAAUGAGCAUUGCUAUGGUCUCCCAAGUAAGGUGACUCUCGAGCUCCCAAAUGGGGAUUCCUGGCUCGUACAGCUGGUUAGAGAUGAUGAAAGAAGGGUUUGGUUUAAGAAGGGAUGGCAGCAGUUCUCGCGACACUACAGCUUCCAACACGGCCACUUCCUGCUCUUCGAGCUUCAGGGGAAAUCCCAUUUCCACGUCGUGGUAUUCGGACGAUCCGCGGCAGAGAUCGACAACUCGAAGUUCGCAGUUGAUCGCUCCUGCCCAGAAGAAGUAGCUCCAGAUGUUGGAAGGAUGAAGAAGGUGGGAGAUCCCAAAGGCAAAGCUCCUGCUGCAGAAUUUGCAGACAAUGCUGGAAGAAAGUUGAGACCUUCAUCUUCCAACCUUCCAAAUGAUCCUGGCCUCGCUGCAGCCAGCGCGAACAUUCCCACGAAGCAGCCUUCUUUCAGUAAAGUGAUCAACAAGCAUUUCUCUUCUCGUGGCAGUCCGAAUUUUCCACUGGAUUUCAUCCGCAAGUACAUCACGAAAUCGAGCAUGGAGUUGCUGCAGCUUAGAGUUGGUGACAGAACAUGGGAGGUGAAGCUGUUGGCUUACGAUCACCACGGCUACAGUAUCCCGUCCAGAGGUUGGAUCAAGUUUGCCACUGACAACAAGUUGAACAAAGGCGACAAUUGCAGAUUUGAAGUCGCCGCCGCCACGAAGAAGACGCUCAACGUCCACAUCCAGAGAUUUGGUGUAGUCUAGGCUAGAUUGUGUUUGAUGUAAUGUUGAAGUAAAUACCUCAGCCUGCUAGCUCAAGCUCAUGUCAUGGAGGAAGCAAUAGCUAGAUACAAGAAAAAAAUGUCAGCUUUGAAGGGUUCUCGCAACAGAUACGUGGCACUGCUGGGGUUUUAGUUUGUGCAAUUUAUGUUGUAGUCUUGCAUUAGUCUCAUCGUUAAGUGGCUGAUUGUACACUAACUUGUUUGAAAAUGCAGUUAAUGUUGGACUGAUCUUUCCCUCUUUGCAACAAGCAAAGAAAAUGUAAGAAAAACA